AUGCAACAAAUGUUGUUGUUGUUUUGGAAGAAUCACCACAAUAAUCGCACCAUUUGGUCUUUUCGUUUGAGCUUUUUGUACAACGAGAAGCCGGUCGGUUUGAGGGAAAAAAGAGGAAAUAGAGAAAAAAAAAUCAAUGUCAGCAUCAAGUUUUAUCAGCAAACAACAAUAAGCGAAGUGGGACGAGAGAAAAUACUUCAACGACGUCAUGAAAUGAGAGAAAAAGUCAAGGAGCUAGAGUUGGUUGUAAGGAGUGAAAAAGGUUCUUCUACACAUAAAACUAUUAUUUGUUUGCCUAGAAUUUGGGACGACAAGAAAUAUAAAAGAAUGUAUAAUGUCGCUUACGAGCUUGCACAUGUCGGCAGAAGGGUUGGUUUAAGGGAAAUGCUGGCGGAUUUUGAAAUUGGAAAAGACAGAGAUCAUGAUCUCUAG